UGGAAUUGAUAUUUGGUUUACUUUAUGAAUUGACUGGAAUUGAAAUGGUAUUGACCCCAACCCUGUUGCCAACUUUGAUUUCAUUUAACUAAAUGUUUGUUUGUUUAUUUACAGUGAGGAAUGAGAUCUGCCUGUUCUUUGUCAAGGGGGACUGCAAACAAGGAGAGAAAUGCUGGAGAGUCCACUUUAACAUGCCCUACAAGUGGGAAGUGAAGGAUGGACAGACUUGGUCAGCACUGCCAGAAAACGAAGCGAUCGAGAGAGACUUCUGUGACCCUUCUAAGAUACACAGUGAUGGAUCUGAGUGUGUGCAUUUCGACUCCAUGACCCGUGGAUUCAGUGAAGUUCACCGUCUCUCCACAGUUUCCUCUGUGACCCAGCCCACAUACAUACUCACCACAGAGUGGGCGUGGUUCUGGGAGGACGAGUACGGCCAAUGGGUCCAGUACGCAUCCAUCAAAGAGAUGCACAGAUUGUCAUCCAUCACCAGUGAAUACAUUGAGAAAAGGUACCAGGAGGAUCAAAGUGCUGUGGUAAAGUUCACUGCAGGCCAGCAGUCUUAUGAGCUGAGUUUCAGAGACAUGACGCAAAAAAACGAAACAUAUGGCACUAUAAGGAUGGUCAGACGACGUCCUGUCUUUGUUUCAACUGCAGACACACAAGCUGCAAGAAGCAGGAGAAAUGGACCACGCAACCGCUCUCAGAAUUUCAGAGCUGUUCCUGGAUUUUGGGACAAGUCUGCCAUACCUGACAUUGGAUACAAGACAGUCACUCUUCUGAGUUUUGACAGGGACUAUCAGAAGGUCCAGGAACUUUUCAACAAGACCAUGAGGGGCUUCCAAAUCACCAGCAUCGAGAGGGUCCAAAACAGGGACCUCUGGGAAGUCUUCCAGUGGAAAAGAGAUUUAAUGAAGAAAAACAAUGGAGGUAAAAACAGCAAGGAGCUACAUCUCUUCCACGGAACGGAUCCAAAACACAUAGAAGCCAUUUGCAGAGAUAACUUCGACUGGAGGCUGUGUGGAACCAACGGAACUGUGUAUGGCGAAGGGAGUUACUUUGCCAGGGAUGCCAAGUACUCACACAGCUACACCAGCCACUCAGGAGUGAGGUCAAUGUUUGCUUGUCGGGUGCUUGUUGGAGACUACACACGGGGGAACUCGGACCUCCGUCGUCCCCCUCCAAAAGGCGAGGGAAGUCCGACUCUCUAUGACAGCUGUGUGGACAAUGUCCUGAACCCAUCCCAAUAUGUAGUGUUUGAAAGGCACCAGGUGUACCCUGAGUUCCUAAUCAAAUACGAUGAUGGCGUCAUGCACUGGUCCUCUUCGGCUCCAGCUCCACCCAAGACUGUCUCUAUCCAAUCCUCUUCCAUUGUCCAAUACCUAACAUCCAAACGGAUUCAAGCAGCAGCUGCUGCUACGCUGUCAAACUCUCGAGUUCCAUCGACUUCCACUUUGAGUCCAUCUCAAGCUGCCACCACUUCUUCUAAUCCAACCGAUUCUCUUCCCCGUUCAAGUCUCCCAAAACCUGCCAAAACCCCAUUGGGAUUGAGUCAAUCUGCAGUCCUCAUGAAGCCAGCCCCAAGUUCUCAAUUGGUGGAUACCACCCUAGGCCAAGCUAAUUGGUCUUACACUCCCUCAUUCAGCAACCUCUCUCAUAAACUCAUUACCCUAGCCAGUACCCCCUCUCGUACACCCACUACCCCAGUCAGUACCCCGUCUCGUACACCCUCUACCGCAGCCAGUACCCCCUCUCGUACACCCUCUACCCCAGCCAGUACCCCCUCUCGUACACCCACUACCCCAGCCAGCACCCCCUCUUAUACACUCACUACCCCAGCCAGCACCCCCUCUUAUACAAUCACUACCCCAGCCAGUACCCCCUCUCAUACACCCACUACCCCAGCCAGUACCCCCUCUCGUACACCCACUACCCCAGCCAGUACCCCCUCUCGUACACCCACUACCCCAGCCAGUACCCCCUCUUGUACACCCACUACCCCAGUCAGUACCCUGUCUCGUACACCCUCUACCCCAGCAAGUACCCCCUCUCAUACACCCAGUACCCCAGCAAGUACCCCCUCUCGUACAUUCACUACCCCAGCCAGUACCCCCUCUCGUACACCCACUACCCCAGCCAGUACUCCCUCUCCUACACCCACUACCCCAGCCAGUACCCCCUCUCGUACACCCACUACCCCAGCCAGUACUCCCUCUCGUACACCCACUACCCCAGCCAGUACCCCCUCUCCUACACCCACUACCCCAGCCAGUACCGCCUCUCGUACACCCACUAGGCCACCCAGCAUCCCCUUUCGCACACUCACUAGGCCACCCAGCAUCCCCUCUCGCACACUCACUAGGCCACCCAGCAUCCCCUCUCGCACACUCACUAGGCCACCCAGCAUCCCCUCUCGCACACUCACUAGGCCACCCAGCAUCCCCUUUCGCACACUCACUAGGCCACCCAGCAUCCCCUCUCGCACACUCACUAGGCUACCAAGCAACCCCUUUCUCACACUCACUAGGCUACCAAGCAACCCCUUUCUCACACUCACUACCACUGCCAGCACCACUUCUUGCACACUUUCCUGUUCAACUGACACACCCUCUCAGGGUCACGCCCUCUCAGGAAGAGCUACUACCACUCUCUCUGCCAGCAGUACCUCUCACCCACUAUCCCGUUCUUCCUCAUUGAGCACACCUUAUCACACACUUUCUCACUCAUCAUACACCCCCACUUACACAGACUCUUCCACACUCUCGGGGUCUCCCCACUCCACAUCUAACACUACUUCUGACACAUCUUCUACUACUAUCACAUCAUCUAGACUGCAGGAGUUAAUUGAACGAUUUGGUGGUCAAAGAUCAACCUGGUGA